AUGCUGAGGUUGGUGUGGGAGCGACUGACUGAGGUUGCGUUCUCGCCUCGGUGGUGGUUGGUGGUGGCGGUGGUGGUGGGGCUCGCUGAGGUUGUGCUCAACGCGGUGGUGGUGGCCAAGGUCCCGUACACGGAGAUCGACUACACUACAUACUGUCAGCAGGUUGCGUUGGUUUCUGGUGGCGAGCGUAACUAUCUGGCGCUGCGUGGUGAUACCGGGCCGUGCCCGUACCCCGCGGGGUAUGUGUGGGCGUACACGGCGCUUUGCUCGGUGGCCGAUGGGACCGACGGUGUGGCCUCGCUGCUGCCCAUCCAGAUCUUCUUUGCUGGCCUCCAUGUGGCGACGUAUGGUCUGGUGGCGUACAUCUACAGUGUGGCUGGGCGGGCGCACAAACACGACCACCCGGCGCUGAAGCUCUUUCCGCGGCGCGGCGCAGGCGAGGCCAUCCUCCCGCCGCUCGUCCUCGUUCUCCUUGCGGCCUCACACCGGAUCCACUCGAUCUUUGCACUGCGACUGUUCAACGACCCAGUGGCCAUGUUCUUUGUCUACGCCUCGAUCGCGGUCCUUGUCUCCCGUGGCUCCGACUACUUGGUCAUGGCGCUGUUCUCCCUCGGAGUCUCGGUCAAGAUGAACGCGCUCCUCUUUGCGCCUGCGCUCGGCAUCAUCAUGGUCAAGCGCGUGGGAAUGCUGUGGACGAUCCCACGGCUGGCGGUGGCGGCAGCGGUCCAAGUCGGCCUCGCUUGGCCGUUCCUCACCGCCAAUGCCGAGGGCUACAUCGGACGCGCCUUUGACCUCUCGCGGGUCUUUGAGUACAAGUGGACGGUGAACCUCAAGUUCCUCCCAGAGCCCAUCUUUGUUUCCAAGACAACGGCGGCAGUGCUUCUUGCUGGACACGCUGGUGUUCUGGCACUCUUCAUCCUCACCCGGUGGCUCCACGCGCAGGGCGGCGGGCUCGCGGGCGUGUGGCGGCUGCUGCGGACUGCGCCGCCAGCCGAUGCGCCGCCACUCUCGCCGUACCACAUGGUACGCAUGCUCUUUGUCUCCAACUUUAUCGGCGUCGUCUUUGCGCGGACGCUCCACUAUCAGUUCUACUCGUGGUACUUUCACACGCUCCCGUUCCUCCUCUGGGCGACGCCGCUCCCUCUUGUGGCCCGCCUCGCCAUUUUCGCCGCCAUCGAGUACGCCUUUAAUGUCUUUCCGGCCACCACCGCUUCGUCAGGCAUCCUCGCUGCCGCCCACACCCUCCUUCUCGUCGGCCUCUUUGUCGGGCCUGCCGAGGGCGAGCGGCUCUGCCGCCAUGACGACUGCGGUUCCCGGCGCAAGCUCGAAUGA